UCAUUUUUCUGCGAAAGUAGCGCGGAUUUGCAUCUUCCUAAAUUCAAAUUUGAAUUAUUACUUCCUGAAAAAACGAUUUUUUGAAGAUUAUUAUUCGCGUUGUUAUUUAAAAUUAGAUAAUAAGCACAAACAAAAUACCCGUGACGGAUAUCAUGCAGCGCUGUGAAUAUCGCGUGGAGGGUGAAAAGCGAGGCGCCGCUCGACAUCCGCUGGCGCAGCCCUGACGGGCGGGCAUCGCCCUAGUUGCCCCUUCGCAUCGAACGGUUGCGUAGUAGCGAUCGCGAGCCCUAGCCACAGAACAGAACCCUGUUAUUAUUUCAACUCUGUGUCUAAAUUUGUUUCUAAUCGAUAUUUUCUUUGUCUGACUGUGAUUCGUGCGAGUGUUUGGUUUGGAUUCAUAUUAUAGUGCAAAGCAAUAUUUUACGGACUUGAAAAUGGAAGACUCCUAUAUAAUAGCUAAUUUCCACACGCUAUGUCGCUUGUGUUUGAACAAGAGCUCUCUAAUGGUGUCGAUUUUCGGAGCCGCGCCUGAUGAUGAAACCAAUUCGGCGCUAACCUCGAAAAUCGCUGAAUUUGCCGAACUUCAGAUGGACCCUAAUGAUGGCCUACCUGGAAGAAUCUGCUACAAAUGCCUGUUUAAAGUAGAUAAAUGUUCGAAAUUUCGCCUUCAAUGUAUCCAGAAUGAGACAAGACUGAGACAGAUCACAAAUAGAGUCAAUGAACAAGACAAUUCUAAUUCCUCGGAGAUGUCCAAUUUCUACACCACCACUCAAGAUAUCAACAAACAAGAUUACAUUGUAGAAGACAGUGUUGUUAUGGUGGUAGAUCCAAGCCUAGACUAUGAUUCCUCAGAGGAGUCUGACAACGCAGAUCAACCCGAUGCAGAUGCCACAGAACGAAACAACACCCCUGAUGGAGAUCAUAUGCCAGAGUCAUUCUUCAAAAAUGUUGCCAUGUGUCAAUAUUGUGAUCAAGCUUUCAUUUCUCAAGAUAAGUGUAAAGAACAUGAGGUUACUUGCCAUGAUCCUAACCUGCCAUUUAAAUGUAUAGAAUGUAGCUUAGUCUUCCCUGAGCGAAACCAAUAUGUCCAGCAUAUCAAGCAAGUACACGGCACUGACAAGCCUUAUCACUGCCCGGAAUGUGACAAGUCUUUUGGCCGCAGAUCAGAUUUAAGGAAGCAUUCAAUAGUUCAUACUGGCAUCAGGCCAUUUCAGUGUCAGUACUGUCUCAAAAGCUUCUCUCGUAACACAAAUCUAAGCAAACAUCUCAGGAUACAUGCGGGCACCAAGCCACAUGUAUGCCCUCUAUGUCCAAGAAGCUUUGUGUGCCGCAAUGACUUACAGCGUCAUGUCCUAGUCCAUUCCGGAAUGAAACCAUAUGCAUGCCGAAAGUGCCCUUUGACAUUUGGUAGAAGAGAUAAAUUAAUUAAACAUGAAGUCAGACAUGGUCCUCUGAGUCCCAACCAAGUGCACGAAAUAGAUAAUGAGCAGGAGACACAUGAUAUGGUAGUCAAUGUCAACCCUUACAGCAACUUACUGACUUCUCCCACCCACCAAGGUGCUGAUUAUGAUCUCCCCCGAGUACCAGACCACAUUUCCGGUGUUAGUAGUUUUAUUAAUCAAAUACAUAGAACCCCUUCCACUUCAGGGAAGCUAACAACAUCUCCACCAAAACCUAAACCAGUAUCAAAUAAAAACAGGCCUAAAAAUAUAAAAUGUCACCAAUGUCCAAAAAAGCUAUCCUCGUUAGAUGCGUAUAAGACUCAUGUUUCAAUAGCACACAUUGGAAACAGAGGAUUUCAAUGCAAAAUAUGCUUCAAGAAAUUUUCUCGCAAGAGAGAGCUGGACCGACAUGUGACCCUUCACUCUGGUAUGAAGCCUUUCUCAUGCGGUCAAUGUGAUAAGAAAUUCAACAGGAAAGACAAACUGAAUAAACAUGAGGAAACUCAUGAAUGUCUGGUUGUGAACAUGCCUUGUAUUGAAUGUGGGCUCACUUUUGAGAAGAAAGCUGACUUAGUAGCCCACAUUAAAUCUCACUUCACUGACAAUUUUGAUGACAAGCCCGAGAUAAAAAAGGAGGAUGAGCCCGAGUUCCCAAUAGAUGACAACUAUUACGACUUGGAGACCUGAGACCAGGAGUUUAACAUUGAUAACUUUUCAUUGAUUAUUUGAAUUGUGGCACUGCUAC